AUGAGUACAAUGUGGACAAAUAUGAAAAAUUAUCCUCUUACCACCAAGGGCACAGCACCACAUCAACAAACAAUUGACGUCAGCCCCUCAAAACUGAGACGACAUGUCACAACAAACCACUGGACAAACCCACCUAGCAGACUGACCUUCUGGUACCGGACACCAUGA